AUGGCCAAAGAGAAAAAGGAUGCACCUCCAUUCCUGUUUGUGAAGGACAUGAGUGUUGUUGCUAGCAUCAAAAGUGACUUUGAGGCAGGCAGGUGGGCUGAAGGGCUGUCAAAGAUGCCAGCGGCUUUUUCACUCAAAAAGGGUGUUUUGGGAAGGUUGAACGAGAUUGUGAAUUCACGACUCCGGGUUGCAAAUUCUAUAAAAACAGACAGGAAGAUCAGAUUGAGCUUAUAUCAAGUUUGCAUCAAGGGUAUUAUUCAAUCAAUACUGAAGCACGGUAUCUCACCUUUGAUCAAUCAAACAAAGUUUCGAAAUUUGAACUACAGGUUUUACAGUGGUGGCCGUGGUGACCUGAAAAUUAAGCCAUUUUGGAAAGUUCCAACCUUUGCCUAUAAUCGAAGUAUGUUACCAAGAGAGAAGAGCAAUGCAAACCAUGGCAUGACGGGUAUUAUUAAUAUGUAUCCAGAGAAAGUUCGAUCAUGGUUGGACUUUGAAGCAUUGAAUUUUCAAAUAUUGAUGCCUUUGGUGAAGACAAUAACCAAAGGUGGUGGCAAGAUACAAUGGAGGCAUGGCAUUAUGCCUUUCGAAGAGGAAAGUUUUGAUGCCCUGUACCCUGAAGACAUUAGACCGGAUGUUUUUAUUGAUCAAUUUGUUGCUGGUGAGAUCAAUGGUGAUGAUGCCAACAUGUUUCCAAGUUGGUGCAAGCAUUUCAAAACUAUUCUGUAUGGUAACAAGGAUGUGAUUGCCUCUUUUGAUGAUGAAGAUGGUGUGGAAAAGGUGAAGACACCAAUGAAAGGAACCAAAGAUGAUGAUGGUGAAAUGGAGGAUGAUGAUGACGAAGAUUAUGAUGGUGAUGGAAAGAAAGGAAAGAAGAAAAAAGGAGGAAAGGCAGGAAAUAAGAAGUUACUGGAGGUCUCUUUCAGUGAUGACCCUGGCUAUGCAGCUGAAAAGGCGUUUGCGAAGUCCAAAAAUUUGGAAGCACCAAGUAGCCCCGAACGAGAAAAUGGUCGAACAUUGACUAUUACUGGUGCAAAGGUGUUUGAAUCACUUGCAAAGGGUGUUUUGCAUUCCAACUUGAGGCCAUCUGAGAAAGGAUCUAUUAUUGGUAAUUUGGUUGCGUCAAAUUGUAUUAGUAAAAUUACAAUUGAUUCAAGUAAAUUGGGUGACUUGUUUGUUCGACAACAGAAGCCUGCCUCAAAGUUGCUGCAAUUGAUGAGGACUGUGGCAGAAAAUCCUGAGCACGCUACAUUGGAAAAGCCUGGAAAAGGUUCUGGCAAGGUAGUGUUUGAGGACAAAAUCAACAACACCUUGGAGAACUUGGAACAAUUGGCGAAGUGGAAGGUGGAGGAAGAAGAUUCCGAGGGAGGAAAGUUUGAUGAUGAAGAGUCAUCUUCAAGUGAAAGAAAUGAUGAGCUCCCUAUUGUGAUAACAGUUGCUGUGCCCAGAAAAGGAAUCUCUGACCAGGUUGAAAACGAGAAAGAAGACAAGGACUCUGAUGAUGACGAAGAUAUUCCAAGUGAUAGUACUUGCAGCAUUGUGAAUCCUUUUGAUUUGUCAUUGUCAGAUUAUCCAGAGGCGAAAAGCCUGGUUUGGGCCAAUGUCCUGCACAUCAAUUCACGUUUCACAAAGAAAAAGGAUAUUUGGGAGAGAAUUGUUGAUGUAGCUAAUGAAGGUGGGGAUGGUGCAGAACCAACUAGUUUGACUAGUGGUUUAUUAGCAGAGGUGUAUGGGGAGAAUGUAAUCAUUGCAAUGAUUGGCGAAUGGUUGGAUGAAACUGUUUUGCCUGUACUGAAGGCUGAAGCAACCAAAUUGAUCAGAGCCAUUGUUGAGCUUGAUCUGGAGAUUAAAGUACCAAAGGCAACAGCUGUGUUGCAAUCACCUCCAGACAUUGCAGGAGUUCAAAAAGGAAGUUCGAAAAGUCAUUGCUGA